GCUGUUUUGUUACUAUAAUUCAUUGAAGCGUCGCGGGCUGUAGUUUGCCGACCCCUGUGCUAGAAUUUAAUAAAUAUUCUCAACUGUUUCAUUUGUAAAAAAUUCAAACAUUUUUUAUUAUGAAUUCGCUAUAUUUUUGCAUUCUAGACAUAUUAUACAUCCCCUUAGGCAUGCACUACCGUCAACAAACCAGUUUUUUCUUAAAAGGUGGUAACAAGUGAUAUUAAACUAAUUCCUUCCGGCCAUAUAUUUGUGAUAGGAAUAUCAUUAUUUGUUUACACAAAUUAUACAAUCGUGCUGCUACCAACAACUGCCAUGUCGUUGCAGUGUUAUAGAUCCAAUAUACCGAAUUUACUGUUUUGAAUUUCAGCAUGAUGAUAAUUUUUUGCACUAUUUUUUACUUCCAUCACGUUUUUAGUUGGAAAUAUAUUUAUUUAUGUGUGAAUUUGAAAUUUAGAUAAAAAAAAGAUUUGAAAAAAUUAUUUGAAAACAGUUUUGCUUAAGCAUGUAGAAAAUAUAAAUAUCAAAAUAUCAAAUCCUGUUGCUAUGCUUUUUAAUAGUAAAACACAAAAAUAUUCGGUGAACAUACACUACCUCAUUUACCAAAUACACCCACAGACUAAAUUUGGCAUUUCCUAUUGGCAACCCUUCCUAUUUAUCAUUGAACUAUGUUGCAUUCUUCUAAUUUAUGUUCCAAUAAUAAUAUAAUAUGAAUAUUCAUAUAUGUCAGGGUCCGGCUAUAUCUUUCAACGAUUCGUUCAUCAUAAUUAUUGUGAGCAUCAUAAUUUCAUAUUUAUAUAAUAAAAAUAAUAUAAUUUGGAGAUUCAGAACUUCUAAUUUUUUAAUUAUAUCUUCUUUUUAAAGGUAUUUUUAACUAUUUAUCAUUAAAAAUGGCUCAAAUUGAUGAUUCGAUUGUUUACAUGUUUGACUCGAAAUUGUUAGAAGGUCUCGAUCUUACUCAGUAUAAUGUUUGUUCCUCUUACUUAAAACCUGGAGAUGGGCUGAUACUCAGGCCUAUGUCAACCAAGGAUUUUCAGAAAGGUUUCAUUGAUGUUGUCAAUCAAUUAACACUCGCAGGAGAUGUCACUGAAGAAAAAUUUCAAGACAGAUUUAAUAGUAUGAAGAAAGCUGGUUGUUAUUAUCCGUUAGUUGUUGAAGAUACCGAAGCAGAUUCGGGCCGGGGAAGAAUUGUUGCAACUGGGACUCUAAUUGUGGAAGAGAAAUUCAUUCAUACUUGUGCUUUGAGGGGAAGAGUGGAGGAAGUUGUAGUUGAUAGUAAAUACAGAGGACAAAAGUUGGGAAAAAUAAUUCUGGCUGUUGUCACUGCACUGAGUAAGAAACUAACUUGCUACAAAACAACACUGGAAUGCAAAGUGGAAAACAUCGGGUUUUAUCAAAUAUUUGGCUACGUUCCUGACGAAGAAAAGUUCAUGCAGUGUAGAUUCAGACAAUGAAUGCUGUAAAAUGAUAUGUUCACCUCAGAUUAGCAAAUCUAUUGUAGGCAAUUAUAAUCCUAUAUUUCCUAAAUGUUAUUAAUUUCUACCUAUUUAUUGGCAGUGCAAUUUAAUGCAGUACAAAGCGAUCGUUUACCAGCGAAAUUAUAUAUAGAUUGUAGAUUGCUGGAUUACAUAUAGAUUGUAGAUUGUCUCAGCCCUUUGAAAUUUGAAUGUUUCAGUAAUUCUGUUUCAAGAGCUAUUAAUAGUUAAAUUGAAAUUGUUUAAUUUUCUAUUGUUGUCGAAGUAGUGCUUGAUACAGUAAAGCACGAGAAAGAAACAGACAUUGAAGCAUUUUUGCAUAUGAAUAUUUGUGAUGUGUGCUAUUUUUUCUUAAACAUACACUGUCUUGUGAGAUAAAUGUGAACCAAAUAUGUCUCUUUUGAACAAUGCAAUCUGUUACCUAACAACGAAGCCAAAAUGGAACAAAAACUAGUAUACCGUGACCCGUAUAUAAACGUCACUUACGUUAGUAUGGUCAUUAUGUUUGUAAAGUUUGUUUGUAACCUUUAACUCAGAUAAGCUUCAGAUUUUUGAAUUCCCUGACGAUUUUUUGUUCCAUAUUUUGAUUUCUUCAUUUUUUUUGUGAUUAAUUGCCUUCUAAUUAUAUCAUGACCAACUUUGGAGUUCAAUCACAUUCUUUGCCAUAUUGCUGCUUGUGUUUUUGCACGUGUUUGUUAUUUUUGAAAGUAGGAAAUUCAUGUACACAAUUUAGUAUAUGCAUAAUAAUUAGUAUUCGCAAUAUCAUUGUGUCGUUUCUUUUAUAAAAGGAGUUUGUGAGACAGA